AUGUCCUCCCAACCCGUGAAACCGCCGUUGGCCGGCCAAGUUUCUCAUACUCAACGAGGCUCCCAGUCAGGGCUGCGGUAUCCUUCCACCGGCAAAACGAUAUACCAUAGACCAUUGAAUCGCAGUAAAACGCAGGAACUAAGUCAAGCCAGCUUUGCAUAUCUAUUUGGGGAGAUGGUUAGUUAUGCACAACGACGGGUUACUGGUAUUCAAGAUCUCGAGAAGCGGUUAAAUGUUCAAGGUCACCCCAUCGGCCUCAAACUCCUCGAUCUUCUGCUCUACCGCGAACCACCACGUACCCAAACUCGACCCCUUAAUAUCAUCGCCCUCCUCCAAUUUAUAACCACCGUUCUCUGGCGUCACCUCUUUUCUCGCCCUGCAGAUGCACUCGAGAAGUCUUCGAACCCUGACACGCCAGAGGAAUAUAUGAUAUCCGAUAAUGAACCUCUUGUUAAUCAGUACAUUAGUGUGCCUAAGGAAAUGAAUCAAUUGAAUUGUGCUGCGUUUGUCGCGGGCAUUAUUGAGGGUGUUUGUGAUGGCGCAGGUUUUCCGGCUAGGGUUACGGCUCAUAGUGUGGGAAGGGGGGAGGAAGGAGAGUUGUGGCCGGGGAAGACGGUGUUUUUGGUCAAGUUUCAAGAAGAGGUGGUAGAGAGAGAGGCAUUUUUGGGGAAGAGUUAG